AUGUUACAGGGUCGAAAGUGUUUCAUGUACAAGCUCGCAAUUUUAGCGGGAUUCGGUGCUCCCUGAAUCGCACAAAUCAACAGAGGCAGCGUUUGCUCCGGUUGCCUGAGUCUCGGGCACCUGCCUGCACUGCCAACAUCAAUGCCAACGUUCCUGCAGCAGCCGAGCUCGACAGCAUGAUCCCCAACAGCGUCCAAGGCAGCGUCGCAGGGAGCUACCACAAGGCCCGAGGCGUGUGGGUGGCCAGCCCCAAGAAGGCGCCCAUCAACAACGCAGAACAGACCACGGCAGAAGUCAGCGCAGAACAACUGAAGGUGCGUCUCAUCAGAAGCCACCAAAACCAUGACCUGCACACACGUGUGGAUGCGGGUGUGUGUUGGUGUCAGAGCAUCAACGCGUUGAAUCUGGAUAGGCCCGCGGGUAGCCCCGAGCAUGCGUCCAAGAUGCCAUGGAACAAGAAGCAUACCUCCAAGGGCCGCUCAUCGUCGGGUGCUCACUCAGGUAUGCAAGCAAGGCGGCAGCAGUGAGCAUCGGAGUAUGUGUGUGCACUCGAACGUGUUCUCUAGGUGGCUCCCAAGGCCGAGCUGACGGAUAUGGCGGUAGUGGUGGUGGAGGUGGUGGUGGGCAGUCCUCUGCGCCUCCGCCCCUUCUCAAGACGCCCAUGGGCCUGCCGAAGUGGCCGGUGCAGCAUGUGGUGCGUUUGCUGUGCUCUGAUAACACGGCUACCACCAUGAUCAGACACGAAGGUAAGGCAGUGCACAGUGCAGGGGUGCAGCUGUGUAUGUGCCUGUGGAUGGAUGGAUUGAUGGAUGGAUGGAUGUGUCUGUGUGACGGUGCGAUGGAGGGUUGCAGGUGAGUUCUUUGAUUCCAUGCGGCGUGAGGCGGGCGUGAUCAUCUCUAUCACCGAGCGCGGCGCCUUCCGCUCCGGCAAGGAGUAUCGGAUACUCUAUGUAAGGGGACCGAUCAAGGGCAUCCUGAGGGCACUCGAACACGUCGUGGUCAGCCACACACAGACAGGCAUGCCAACAGACGCUCACACACACACAUUUAUCUGAACCUGUUGCAUGAAUGUAUGUGUGUAGAGUAAGGUGUACGAGGCGUGUUCGGCCAAGUGUGUGGUGUGUCGCGUGCUCGUGCCGGCGGGGGACACGGCGGGCAUCACGGGCACGGGAGGCGGCGGCCUGUCGACGCUGCUUGACGCCACGGGGGCCACGGUCAAGGCAGAGGGGACCGAGUACCAGUAAGUGUGGAUGGAAUUGGCCUGCUUGAAUCACAUUUGUCUGAUUUGCGUGUGGUUGGUCACGUGGAUGUGCAGUGGUGGGGAGACGUUCCGUAUCGUGAGUGUCAGUGGGGGAGAGGAGGCGGUGCUGUGCGCACUGACUCACAUCGUACAACAGCCGCUUCAGGUCCGCCUGUCAGAGAGAGCAAACAACAUUACACACACGAACACCCCAGCAUCAUACCGUGCCUGCGUGUCUGCAGGUGGCUGAGAAGGGCGGCCCUGGUGCUGCCUCUCCGCACCAGCACCGCACUCACAAGGCUCCCCCGCCUCCCCCGCCUCCACCCCCACCUCCACCUCCCCGUUUCCCUCCCCCGCCCCCGCCCCCCCGGCUACCCGUCGUGCUCUCCUGCUGCUGGCCUUACCAACAACCGCUGCACCAGUACUGAAUGCACCACACCCGGAUGUGGCAGGGCGCGUGGACGCAUACUCGAAUGUGUGUGUGUGUGCGUUCAGGUCAUCGUCUGUCUCAUCCACCAUGUUGGCCACUACCAGCGGCUCCUGCAGUGGCGGGGAGGCCGACAGUCUCGGCCAUGAGGGGGAGGAGGACCGACACGCCGACAUAUACACACCUGCUGCUGCCAGACCAGUGGCGCACAAGAGGUCAGCCAUCUCCACCACACUGCCAAAAGACCAACACAAAGACCAAACAUAAACACGUACAGCCGCUUGUUGUCUGCCUAUGGAAAUGUGCGUCAUGCAGUGAUAAGCACGAUAUCAGCAGUGGGGAUCUGGGGGCCGGCCACUAUGACGACCGCGCUGAUAAAGGGUCCAGGUACGCACAUACCAACGCAACGCACAUCAACCAGCGGUGACUUCUGCUGUCGCGAAUGGAUGGCUGCAGUGGGUGUGAUGAGAUGAGUGAGGUGGAGUAUUUGCGGAUGCAGGUGGAGGCGAUGCACAUGGAGAAGGAGGCCAUCCAGAGGCGACACGAGGCCUUCAUCCAGGAGAUCAUCGCCGCUGCAUCAGAGGGGCUUCCCGACCUCCAAUCGCAGCUCACGGUCGUCUUCUCCUGACUCAUCCGCCAUCCAUGUGUUGCGAGAAACGAGUGUAUGUGUAUGUGUGCGCGCGACACGGCGAUGAUAAAGGGGGAACGACGAGAGGGAUAGAGGCGGGUAGAUAGAUUAGUUGUUGGGUGGCUGAGACAUGUUUAGGUACGUGCAUGUGCAUAGGUCGCUUCCGUCACCUGCAUACAGGGAAGCGUUCGGGCACGGUGAGGUAGCUAUGGAUGUGAAUACUGAAAGGUAC